CGCCACAGUGUGUCAGUGAAGUCACUCAGCAGGAGCAAGGGAAGGAAGAAGAGCGGGGACGAGAGGGUUACACGAACUGCCGCCGGACCUGCGGAGACCCCACAGCCGUCCGACCCCCAGGAAGACCGCAGCUAUGGCUUACACAGGGCGCAGGGCUUAGUGCCGGGCUGGGGGUGGGGGUUCACCUACACAGUGAACUUGACUGAUCGAGAAGAGGCAAUCAGUAUAUUUAAUAAUUAUGGGGUUUGCAGCUGAGUUUAGUUUCCCCGACGGACACAAUGCUUUGCUUCGCCUGCAAGACUCUGAACUGAAACUGAUGGAAUGUAUGAGAAAGUGGAUGAUACAGCGUACAAAGAGUGACAGAGAGUAUGCAUCACAGCUUCACCAGAUGUUCACCCUGAUCGAGAAGUUGGAUCAGUCACCAAUCCCGGGUCUGUCAGACUACUCAAGUCAGCUGAGUCAGGCCUGGUCUACAAUGGUGACCCAGACAGAGAACUUGAGUCACAUAUUACGGAACCACUCGGAGACUCUACAUUCAGGGCCUCUGAAGAAGCUCACAGAUCUUAUUCGGGAAAAACAGCAGCUGAAAAAGUCAUAUACUGAACAGUGGCAACUGCUCAGCCAGGAUUAUUUGAAGACGACCCAACAUGAGACUGAAAACCUAAAGAGUCAGUAUCGUAGUAAAGUAAAAGAUACAAUACAAGCCAAGAAAAAGUAUCAGGAGGCAAAUAAAGACAAAGAGCGAGACAAAACUAAGGAGAAAUAUGUAAAGAACACUUGGAAACUACACACUCUCCACAACCAGUACAUCUUGGCGAUCAAAGCUGCUAAGCUGCACCAGGAGCACCACUACAGUCUGAGCCUGCCCACCUUACAUGAGUCCAUGCAGACCAUCCAGGAGAAGAUGGUGUCAAUCCUCAAAGACAUCAUGGAAGAAUACCACAAAAUCACAAGUCUUGUACAAGAGGAAAUAGCAGCUCUUCAUCAUGAGAUAAAUGAUGCGAUACUAAGCAUCAAUCCAUGCCGAGAGUAUGACUACUUCAUCCAGAUGAACAGGUCAUCAGAGAACCUACCAGCCAUGGUAACCUUUGAUACGAGUUUACUAGAGGAGACUGACAACCUGGAAGAAGAGGAACUUCAGCUAAAUGAUCUGACUUUAGAGAAUGUUCAGCAUACGUUGACAUCUAUUGAAGAGGAGCUUGCAAUGGUCACAGAAACAGUUAAUAUUAAACAAGAGGCCAUAAAACUGCUACAAAAUGAAACUGCAAAUGAAGAAACAAGUAACGUAGACCAAAUUAGUCUCCUGGCCAAAUAUCAGUCUCUUCAGGAUGCCAUUUUGCAAUAUAACAUGUCGCUGUGUAACAAGGUCAAGCUGCAGGGUCAGAGGGACAUGCUGAAAAAGAAGAUGAAUGAGCUUGGAACCAGAGAUCCCCCUCCAGCACUUCAGCUACAGGAUGAUGGACAGUCUAUUUGUUCAAUUGACAGGGAAAGUGGUAUAAAUCAAACUCUGGAAAACAUAAAGAAUCACAUAUCUGGAAUUUUUCGGCCCAAAAUUUCUCUACCACCACUUUUACCAUUGGUUCCGGAAGUCCAGAAGCCGCUAUGUCAACAGAACUGGUACCAUGGGGCCAUUCCACGAUCUGAGGUCCUAGGAUUGUUAACAAACAAUGGGGAUUUCCUUAUUCGUGAAAGCCAAGGGAAGCAAGAAUAUGUGCUGUCUGUACUGUGGGACGGACAGCCGAGACAUUUCAUCAUUCAGUGUAUUGAUAACCUGUACAGACUGGAAGGAGAAGCUUUUCCUACUAUCCCAUUGCUAAUAGACUAUUUUCUCAAGACUAAGCAAAUGAUCACCAAGAAGAGUGGUGUUAUAUUAGGAAGAGCCAUUGUAAAGGAUAAAUGGGUGCUGGAGCAUGAAGAAGUUAUCUUGGGAGAAAGGAUUGGACGGGGUAAUUUCGGGGAGGUGUUCAGUGGACGUCUUCGUGCUGACAACACACCAGUUGCAGUGAAAACGUGCAGAGAAACUUUGCCGCCAGACUUGAAGGACAAAUUUCUGUCAGAAGCCAGAAUUCUGAAGCAGUAUAGCCAUCCUAACAUUGUCAAACUAAUUGGAGUUUGUACACAGAAACAUCCAAUUUAUAUUGUCAUGGAGCUAGUACAGGGUGGAGACUUCUUGACAUUCUUACGGAAUGAUGGUUCAAAACUGAAAACAAAGGAGCUAAUCAGAAUGUCAGAGAAUGCUGCGGCGGGGAUGGAAUACCUGGAAAGCAAGCAUUGUAUUCACAGGGAUCUUGCAGCACGCAAUUGUCUUGUGACUGAAAAAAAUGCCUUAAAGAUUAGUGACUUUGGUAUGUCAAGAGAAGAGGCAGAUGGAGUAUAUUCAUCCACUGGAGGAAUGAAACAGGUUCCUGUUAAAUGGACGGCACCAGAAGCGCUUAACUAUGGUCGAUACAGUUCAGUAAGCGAUGUCUGGAGUUUUGGAAUUUUACUUUGGGAAGCAUUCUCUCUUGGUGCAGUGCCAUAUACAAAUAUGAACAACCAGCAAACUAGAGAAUCUGUAGAACAAGGAAUCCGCCUCCCUGCCCCAGAGUUGUGUCCAGAUGACAUUUAUAAGCUGAUGCUGCGGUGCUGGGAAUAUGAUCCGAGGAAACGUCCAAACUUUGGCACUGUGCACCAGGAACUUAUCAGUAUCCGCAAGAAACAACGAUAAUGUCUUUACUUAUUGACUAUAAAAGGAAAGGAUGCAGUUAUCUUACUGGUGUGACUUACUGUAUGGACCUACAAGAAGUAAUGAACAGGGGCAUUAAUACUGCUUUGUACAGAUAUGUUAUUCUCCUCACUCUUCUCAUGGGCAAAUAUGUCACUAGACAUCUCCUUGUUAUCCUAGCAGCGUCUGAAAAGCUUUUCUUUAGUGGUUCAAUGCAUCCUGCAUCAGGAUUACUUUAAGAGGUACACAUAAAAGCGUAUCAGAGCUGAGUUUGUCAUUGAGCACAAUUCAGACUGUCCCAAUGUGCUAUUUGUGGUUUUACAAAGAACUACAGGUAAUCUUGCUUAUUAUGAAGCACACACAGUACUUACAGUGCAGCUCCAAAGAGUGAAAUAAUAGGAAUAAAAGAAAAUAUUUUAAUUAUCUAUAUGCAUAUUGAAGGAAGACAUUUAUUUAAAGUGAUCAAUCUGUCCAAUUGACUGUGUUUCAAUAAAUAUUGG